AUUGAAUGAAGAGCGAUAGAUGAUAUUGAAAACCUGCAAGUGCUAAAAUAUUUCAUCAGUUAUUAAUUCUUCCUUGAAAUCAAUGAACUCAAAUGCUUGAUUGCAACAGUGUUGUAUAAUAUUGAAUCUUGACUAAUUUAUAGAGAUACUAAAAAUUGUAUAAAAUUAAUUGUAUGAAGCAAUGUGACAUGGUUUUCCGGUUAUUUUGUAGUGCCUCCUUAUCGCGCCUGAGGUCAAGUUAGGAUCAAGUUUUCUGUUCCACUUAGAAAUUCAGAAUGAGAAAAAUCCCUCCAUUAGUUGGUCCAUUGGUAUGUGGUGAGUGAGUGUUUUUGCAUGAUGAAAUUGUGCCUUGUGCAAGGAGUUCUUCCGAUUCUGGCCGUAUUGGCCACAGUGGUUGUAGGUGCACCAAAAAUGGGCAGAAAAAAUCACUUUCUCAGUGGUCUCUGCAGUCCAGACGACGUGAUGAUCUACACAGAUGAUACGAGAAUAGAAAAUUCUGGGCCAAGUAUUCUCAAUGCCACGCUUGAGAUCUAUAUUGAUCCACCAGUACCAAUAAAGUGUAUAAUAGCCGAAGAUCAAAUGGAUGACGGAACUGGUGGCGUUAUGACGCUCAAUUCGGGUGGUAUGAAUCACAAUUGGGUCUUUCUCGAUGUUCAGGGUCAAUACGGUCAGGGAUUUCACUUCAAGAUACACAUUUAUGGUUUCCCGCCAUCUGAAAAUGGUCCAACACUCACCAUCCGUGCAACUUGA